AUGACGGCCGCAACGUUGGGUGGAAGCUCUCAUCACGCCGACACGAGCGACGCCGUUCCAGCGCUCAAGCAAUCGUCUCUACAACAACAACAAGACACCGACAAGAAUGACGAAAGUCACUCGUCGUUGGACAAGGACACGGUCAACUCCACCUCUAGUAGUGGCAGCAGCAGUGGACUCUUGAGUAGCAUCAGCACGAACAACACUGACGACCAUGGCGCUGGAAGCGGAGGCAACCAAGCGGCGGACGACCAAGAAGAAGACAGCGAAGCUGCGGAGUUCGCCAGUGACGACGCAGAGUGCGGGUUUACUGCAGCCAGCAAAGCUGUAAAACACGAAGACGCACUGCUUGAUUUUCAAGAUGAAAAGAAAGCUCUCUCUCGGGCUGUCCAGGACGAAGAGGUGGUCUUUCUUGAGGACGAGGAACCAGCAGCCGCUGCCCCUGCCACAACCAAGCGCAGUGUGUCUCCACCACCUUCCAUGCCCAUCACAGCGGCUACUGCCAACCGAAAAACCAGCCCACCAACCACCAACAGACUCAUGGAUCCCAAAGAAGAGGAAUGGCUCCUCCGACAGGAAAUGCUCAGAGCCAACCACCGUCAGCUCCAAGUCUCGGGACAUGGCCGUCCGGCUAUGCCUGGAACCACCGCCACGGCCCCAACCACUGCCACCAGGAAGAAAACGCCUCCACCAGCCCGUCAGGCCACGAUGGAUCCAAAGGAAGAAGAACGACAGCUCAGAAAGGAAAUGCUGGGCCUGUCCAACCACAACUUGCCUGGUGCUGCCGUCACCACGCGAACUGUUCUUCCCCCGCCAGCCAAGAAGAUGGAUCCCAAGGAAGAGGAGAGACAACUUCGAAGGGAAAUGCUGAGCCAACGACACAUGCAGGUCUCCGAUCGCAAGCUACCUGGUGCUGUGGCGAACACUGUCACUGCUGUUUCUGCACCUCCCACGGCUGGCCAAAAGAAGAGUCCUCCACCACCACCAAAGAAAAUGGAUCCAAAGGAAGAGGAAAAACAACUUCGCAGGGAAAUGUUGAGUCAACGACACAUGCAAGUCUCCGAUCGCAAGCUAUCUGGUGUUGUGGCCAACACCACAGCAAUGGCAGUCUCGGCCCCUCCCACUGCUAACAGGAAGCAGAGUCCUCCACCACCACCAUCCAGGAAGAGGGACCCCAAGGAGGAGGAGCGACAACUUCGCAAGGAAAUGCUUAGCUUGUCAAACCACAACUUGCCAGGAGCAGCUGUCACCACUCGAGCUGCUCCUACACCACCCAAGAAGAUGGACCCCAAGGAAGAGGAACGACAGCUUCCAACAGCACCCACAGCCAACAGGAAAAGUCCUCCUCCCCCGCCACCAUCAAAGAAGAUGGAUUCCAAGGAAGAGGAACGACAGCUUCGAAGGGAGAUGCUGAGCAUGUCAAACCACAACUUGCCAGGAGCAGCUGUCACCGCGCGAACUGCUCCACCGCCACCAAAGAAGAUGGACCCGAAGGAGGAGGAACGGCAACUUCGCAGGGAAAUGUUGAGCCAAAGGCACAUGCAAGUCUCUGAUCGCAAGUUGCCUGGUGUUGGGGCCAACACCACAGCAACAGCAGUUUCUGCCCCUCCCACAGCCAACUUAAAGAAGAGUCCUCCGCCACCAAAGAAGAUGGACCCCAAGGAAGAGGAACGACACCUUCGUAGGGAAAUGCUUAGUCAAAGACACAUGCAAGUCUCUGAUCGCAAACUUCCCGGUGCUGUGGCAAACACCGUCGCUCCUGUUUCUGCACCUCCCACGGCUGGCCAAAAGAAGAGUCCUCCACCACCGCCCAAGAAAAUGGAUCCAAAGGAAGAGGAAAGGCAACUUCGCAGGGAAAUGCUGAGCAUGUCAAACCACAACUUGCCAGGAGCUGCCGUCACGACUCAAGCUCCUCCGCCACCCAAGAAGAUGGACCCCAAAGAAGAGGAACGACAGCUUCGUAGGGAAAUGCUUAGUCAGAGGCACAUGCAAGUGUCAGAUCGCAAGUUGCCUGGAGCAGCAGUUGCUGCUCAAGCUCCUCCUGCUCCAUCGCCCCCAAAUAAUCCAAAGGAACAAGAACGACAGCUCCGAAGAGAAAUGCUUAGCCAACGACACAUGCAAGUCUCUGAUCGCAAACUUCCCGGUGCUGUGGCCAACACAUCAUCACCACCAAAGACAGUGAAUCCCAAGGAAGAAGAACGACAGCUUCGCAAGGAAAUGCUCAGCCAACGGCACUUGCAAGUAUCGGAUCGCAAGUUACCUGGUGCUGUGGCCAACACUGCCAGUGCUGUUGCGGCACCUCCUGCUGCUAGGCAAAAGAAGAGUCCUCCUCAGCCACCAAAGAAGAUGGAUCCAAAGGAGGAAGAGAGACGACUGAGGAAGGAAAUGCUCAGCACCUCAAACCACAACUUGCCUGGGGCUGCAGUCACUGCUCCCAGUGCCACCAAAUUGGUCCCAUCUCGUACCAAGAGUGCCGAAGGUUCCGUUGUCUCCAUGGCAUCUUCCAACGAUGACACCAGCGUGGUCACGUCGCCCGAAACAGCAACCAAGCCGAAAAGGAAGAGGAAAAAGAAGAACAGGUCUCCUCGUACCAGAAGCUCUGACGGUGCUACAAAGGAAGAAAUUGGGCGACUUCGCAAACAAAUGCUGCGGACUGCCACCAGCGAACGGCACAUGGCGGCGAGGGCUCCUCCAACGGCCAAAUCGAUGCCUCCUCGAUCGAGGAGUUCGAACGGCGACUCCAAGGAAGUAUUUCAUGCGGCAAGGCAGGCCCUCAUGUCAGACCGCGCUUUGAUGAGCACCGCGCCUCCUUCGGUUUCCGUCAACAGCAGCAAGGAAGACGAGCGCCAGUUGCGAAAUGAGAUGAUACAAGCGUCGACGAGGAGCCCACGUAACAGCAUGGACGUGUCAUCGUCCACCGCGAUCACUGCGCCGCCCUCUGCAGGCGUCAUGCCAACUUCUCCACCGAAGGCAUCUGCAGCCCCGUAUGCGGCACUAUCAGCCAAGGAGCAAGAGAAACAACUCCGAAAAGAAAUGCUGCAGGCAAACAGCCAACGGAGCCUACUCACCGUUGCUAUAGUGGCCCCUGUUGCCAGUAUUCCUUCUUCGUCCUCGUCAUCCAAUGCUACCACACAGCUCUCCGUGAAGGAACAAGAGAGGCAGCUACGGAAGGAAAUGCUGGAAGCCAGGCAAAUUUCAGACAGGAAGUUGUCAGCAACAGCCAGUUCACCGGUCGUUUCCAGGCCAUCGCAGAAGCUCUCCGCGAAGGAACAAGAGAAGCAGCUGCGCAAAGAAAUGCUGCAAACGACGCAAGUGUCGGAUAGGAAACUAGCUCCAUCGUCGGCGGAGUCUGCCGCGAGCGCCCCGCCGUCUGCGACCACGAAGAAGGCGCCGCCGUCAGCUCCCAUGAAGUGUCCCCCAGCUUCAUCAGGACCGUCCGCGAAGGAAGAGGAGAGACAGCUGAGAAAGGAGAUGCUACUUCAAGCAAGCCAGCGAAACGUGGAAGAAGCGACUUUGGCUGCCGGUCCCUCGCUCAAGAAGGCUCCUCCAAAAGCCGCUUUAUCUUCGAAGGAAGAAGAAAGGCAGCUUCGGAAGGAAAUGUUGCAAGUCAGCCAGAGACACAUGCAAGUAUCUGACCGCAAACUGGCUGCAGCUGAACCACCCAAGGGAACUUUCGAUGUGUCACCCAAAGACCGAGAACAAGUACUGCGACAGGCAAUCUUGCAUGCCAGCAAGCAAGCAUCGGAUCGCAAGUUGAGUGCCAGUGCUGCCGCCACUGCGAGAAGCACCUAUAUCGGCGAUGGAACGGGUCUGUCGACUGAAGAACAAGAGCGGCAACUACGGAAGCAGAUGCUUGAAACCAGCCAGAGAAACAUGCAAGUUUCAGAUCGCAAGUUGAGUGCUUCCACUUCCAGUCCAACUGAUGGCAAAGAACGGGAACGACAGCUGCGAAAAGAAAUGGUUCGGGCAAGCCAGAGAAAUUUACAAGUGUCGGAUCGCAAGUUGAGUGCGUUGCCUUCUGCUGGUGCUGAAGAUCUCAAAGAAAGGGAGCGCAAGCUUCGCAAGGAGAUAAUUCAAGCUAGCCAGAGGAACACGAAUGUUCCCGACCGUGAGCUCCACCACAGCAACCACUCUACUGGUGGGCAUUCAAUAAGCCAUUCCCCGCCUCGUUCACCUAUGCCUUCGCCUGGAGGAAUUUCGCCAAAGGACGACGCGUUGGCGAAAGAACGAGAACGUCAGUAUAGGAGGGACUUCCGUCAGGCUCAUUCAUCGUCGAUGAGAGAGAUGCGUGUGUCCCCGAAGAAGUCUCCCAAGAAGAGGUCGAAGAAGAAACGACGCGGGAGCAGUCGCCAGCUUGGCGAGUUUCUUGAACGCCAAGAGUCGACACGGGCAGGCCGCGCUGCUACUGUCGUGGGAUUCGGGGCGGCAUCGGCUGAGGGAUCCGUGGCGGAUUCAGGUGCUGGACCGGCUGCAUCAGCCUCCGUUGCUCACACUGUCGCGGAUCCGCAGCUCAUGGCUGAGAAGGAGCGCGAGAAGAACUUUCGUAGAGCUUUCGUACAGGCAACCCAAGCCAGCCAACGUAGCAUGCAGGUGGAAGCAGCUGCUGGAGGAACAGCUCGACAGCAUGGCCAUCCCGGCGGUAUGCAGUCAGAGAAAGAUCGAGAGCGCCUUUUCCGAAAAGACUACAUCCGAGCAAGUGAAAGAAGCCUUCAAAAUGUUGAACCUGCUCGCCCUUCCCUUGCUACUGCAAGGGCAGCAAGUGUUGCUGAUAUGCAGUUGAACAAGGAAAGAGAACGCCUUUUCCGCAAGGAAUACAUCCGGGCAAGUGAACGCAGCCUUCAGGAUGUGGAAGCCCCUCGACCCUCAUUGACCACGGUUGCAACAGCGUACACUCAGAACGAUCAACUGGAUAAGGAACGAGAACGUCUUUUCCGAAAAGACUACAUCCGAGCAAGCGAAAGAAGCCUUCUUCAAGAUGUAGAACUGUCUCGCCCAUCUCUUGCCUCUGCAAGAGCUGCAAGUGUAGCGGACAUGCAAUUGGACAAGGAGAGAGAACGCCGCUUCCGGAAGGAUUAUAUUCGUGCAAGUGAACGGAGUCUUCAACAGGAUGUUGAACCUGCUCGCCCCUCUCUUGCAGCAAGAGCAGCAAGUGUCGCCGACAUGCAGUUGGACAAGGAACGAGAACGCCGUUUCCGCAAGGAUUACAUCCGGGCAAGUGAACGCAGCCUUCAGGAUGCAGAAUCUGCUCGUCCAUCUUUGGCUUCUGCAAGGGCAGCAAGCGUAGCUGAUAUGUCAGAGAAAGAACGUGAGCGCCAGUACCGCAAACACUACCUGCAAGCUAGCCAAAGGAGUCUUAUGGACCAUGAAAUGGAUCUGCAUGCAGAAGCCGCAGCUGCUGCUGCAGCAGCUGCACGGCUCAAGAAGAAAAAGAAGAAGAAGAAAAAGAAGAAGCGAGCAUUUCAAUUGGCCGACUUUUUGGAGCGAAGUAGUAGCGCGGCGAACCUUGCUCCCGUUGGAGAGAACUCGAUGGUCUCGUCCAUGAUCUCUUCGGAAAUGGACGGAAGUGCUUUCGUCGGGCGCGCUUCAAAAACUGUCGCUGGUGGUGACCUCCACGACGCUAAAGAACGAGAGCGUCAAUUCCGCAAGGACCUCCUUAGCGGUAGUCAGCACAGUUUGCAGGAUGAGCCACGCCGGGCGAAACACUCGAAGAGUUCCAAUCGCAGUUCUACGCGAAGCCUGGGAGAGUAUCUGGAAGAGCAGACAACUACCACUGGCGCUCUUUCAGUUUCCCACGAUGGCCUGACUGCGGAAUGUUCUGUUGAAGAAUCGUACGCGUCCGAGCAGUACUUAUCCCCAAGACACACGAACGAAGCGUCGCCACCAUCGGCAGUUCGUGAAGAUGUCAAUACAGAAGACUCCAUGGUUCCUGGCGAGAUCGUCGCAGACCAAGGAAUGGACGACAGCAGUGUCACCAACUGUAGUUACAGUGAGCCAUACUCACGCAAAGCGUCGUCAGUCGCGUCGUCAAAGCUAGUCUUCAAGACAGCUCGGGAGCGCAUGAAGGAGUGGAUGACAGAAUCGAAUGAUCCUCGAAACAGCAGCAACGAGGAACCUGCCGAUGGCACUGUGCCGGUCAUCCUGGGCGGUGCCUCUUCUGACAGAAUGUUUGACGUGGAAAGUCAAGCUGAGACAGCAAGCGAGCUUGACUUGCAGAAGAGACCUUCUCUCGAUCAGGCGUCCCUUAGAGAAGCCAGAGAGAACGAGAAGCAGGGAAUGUCUCGAGGCCGAUCCUACUCCAAGAUUUCCAGCGAUGUCUUGAGUAAGAUGGGUGAAUCUGACCGGAGUCUGGUAGGCGCCCCUUCUCUUGCCGUUCACGAUGCAUCAGCCCUACGCGAAGCAAGGGAGAACGAGAAGAUGGGAAUGCAAAGGGGUCGCUCCUACAAAACAAUCUCGAAUGAAAUCAUGAAGAACAUGAAUGAGUCCGAGCGUAGCUUGAAUACAACGUCGCCUGCAGCUGUCAAUCAAUCCAGCGUCCUUUUUGCCGGCCAGCUAGUGACAAGGACUUCCAUGAGACAAGUUGUCCAAGAAUCAGAUCUUCAAAAGGAUAACAGCUUGUCACCCCAACACAAGCCCUCGGCGCCUUUCAUUCCUGAAACAGCUGCCCGGGAGAGCUCGGAAAGCAGUGAUAAUGAUUUGUCGCAGCAAGACCGGGAGAGCAGCAGUGGAGGCGAAGAAUAUGUUGCCGCUCCUGUCGAAUUCACGCCGGAAUUCACAGUCUGCAGACCUAACAACUCCGUGAUCGGUGCACCUUCUUUGGAUGACGACCCUCUGCUUACAAUGCGAAGAAUCUUCAGUGAGAGCGAUUCCGACGAGUCGGAUUAUGACCCCAACCCGGCCAACGAUACUAGCAUGUCGGAAUACGAGUCGGACAGUGGACACGAUGAUGGUGCCAGUGGCAGCUCGUACGAUAGCGACAGCAGUGGUUCCUACGAAACCGAUUCCAGCUACGACGACGAUGACGACUACUAUAUGGACAGGAGCAAAGCAAAGCAACGAAGAGACCGAGAAAUGACUGAGGCCUACGCAGCGAUGGCUGCUGCUGACGGUCGGAUGGCGCCAGAUCCAGUCUCUAGAACGAAGCACUUGCCAACAGCAGCCAUGACCGUGGUGCGCGCCUUCAGUGAGGGGGACGAAGAGAAAGACAAGAAAGAUGAAAACCCAGAAGGUUCGUAUGGAGACCAAUCGUCGAAACAUCGCGACCCUAAUUCUCUGGCAGCGCUUCCUGGUGCAUAUUCAAGAACGCCUGGGAGUUUGGUACGAAAUCCAACCAUCUCGUAUUCUUUGGUCGGAGCCGGUGAGGAUAGCCCGCCAGAACCGCUCCCAACCGUCGAUGAUGAUGACAACGACUGCCUCUCUGUCAUUGACGAGGGAGAAAUGUCUGACGGAACGGCUUCAUUGGAUGGGUCCAUUGAACCAUUUGUCAUGGACCACAACGAUACCGGACUUGUUGAGGCGAUUGCGAUUGAAGAAGACUAUCUGGAAGAAGGCGUGGUGGAAGCGGCGCCGAUAGAUUUGGCAGCCAAAGAAGCCAAGGAAGCCCAACAGGAGAAGACAUACUCACGAUGCAAGAGGUUGUUUGCGAUUGCUGUCAUUCUGGGCAUAAUCGUGAUUGUGGUUUCGGUUGUGUUCGGUAGGAAGAAGAAAGAUGAUAUAACCAUCGAGUAUGCUACGCACCCGCCGACUCCAGCUCCCGCUCCAACGGAGAUGCCAACGCCAGCCCCCGUCACGCCCAGAGACUUCUUGGACGUUCCCAAUAGCACCCUCGAAGCCCUUGAUGACCCCAGCUCCCCUCAGGCACAGGCAUGGGAAUGGAUUUACGAAGACAUUUCGCAUCACCCCGAGUUGUUGUAUCUUGAUUACACUGAAACGAGGAAGUACCAGCGGUUUGCACUGGCGACCCUGUAUUUCGCAACGGAUGGUCAAAAUUGGGAACAGAAUGCUAACUGGCUUGAUCAUUCUGUUCACGAAUGCGAGUGGUUCUAUUUAGCAAACGAGAAGACAAACUGUUACGAAGAUAGGCAGACAUUCAAGGAGAUUUUGCUUUACGGUGGAGGGCUUGUCGGCACAAUCCCACCCGAGAUUUCGUUGCUCUCUGACUUGACCGGCAUUGAUCUGCAGCGCAACAGUUUAUCUGGAACUAUUCCUCCCGGUCUCGACCAGAUCACUGGCCUCGAGUUCCUGGGCCUUGGCGCGCAAUUGCCAGGAUUGACCGGAACUGUCCCGAUUGAGGUGUAUGAGAUAUCUUCGCUUCGUGGCCUUGGACUGCAAGGCAAUUCACUUUCAGGGUCUCUUGCAACUGAAGUGGGCAUGCUAACCAAUCUCGAAGAGCUUUGGCUGAACAGCAACGGGGCUUUCUCCGGCAGUGUUCCCUCCGAGAUUGGUAGACUGACCGCCCUCGCCAGUCUGGCGCUGAACAAUAACGAUAUGAAUGGGACGUUGCCAAGUGAGAUUGGAAGCCUAAGCGCCCUAACAGAAAUCUGGCUUAGCAGCAAUAAGUUUUCAGGAUCUCUUCCCUCGGAAGUUGGUUUGUUGACGAAUUUGUUGAACCUAACCUUGUCGAACAACGGGUUCAGUGAGAACUUGCCAUCGGAAGUUGGACAGCUUACCAGCUUGGAGUGGUUCCGUAUUUACAAGAAUAGCCUCACUGGUGGUGUCCCCAGCGAGAUUGGUUUGUUAUCGAAUCUCCGAGUUGUUUCCUUGGGCUGGAACGAAUUGAGUCAAUCUAUACCAGAAGAGCUUUGGCGGCUGACGGACCUCAUCGAACUUCGCUUGGACACUAACUACUUCACAGGGCCGAUUCCAUCCGGACUGAUGAACCUCACUGACCUCUACACUCUGAGUUUGGCCACCAAUGAAUUCACCGGAACUCUCCCAACGGACAUCUAUUCGCUUACCCGUCUUGAAGAGCUGCUUGUGGGUGCCAAUAUGCUCACAGGGACGGUUGGCACAGAGAUUGGUUUGCUAAGGAACCUAUUUGCGGUUGAUUUGGAUGGGUGCCAGUUCACUGGCACUAUACCUUCGCAACUGUUUUCAGUGCUCCCUCUUCAAGAGCUAUGGUUGUCCAGGAACACAUUCAGCGGUGUUGUCCCUCCAGAGUUGUCGUCAUUGACCAAUCUGGUCGACUUGAAACUCGAAGACAAUCUGUUCAAUGAAACUAUUCCAUCAGAGCUUGGCCUGUUGGGAAACAGCCUGCAAAAUCUCACAAUGGGUCUCAACUAUUUUGUGGGUGGUCUGCCUUCCGAGAUUGGCCAACUCACAAACCUGAAGGUGCUUUCUUUCCACGACACACUUAUGUCCGGAACUCUGCCAUCUGAGAUCCUUCUUCUAAACGAAACUCUGGAAGUUCUCGUUGCCUUCAAUGCAGGCAUUUCGGGAUCCCUAUCUUCGGGUCUGGGAGAAUUUUCUUUUAUGGAACAACUACGGCUGGAUAACAACUUCCUAACAGGGCUCAUCCCGACAGAACUUGGCCAAGCUGAAAAUCUGGAGGUUCUCACGCUGAGUCACAACGGACUGAUUGGGAACAUACCAACUGAAUUUGGUUUGCUCACUCGACUCGAGGUCUUCCAAGCUUCUACCAACUUCCUAACUGGGGCAAUCCCUUUUGAGUUAGGCUAUGUGUCAACCUUGAAAGAUCUCCGACUGAAUGUAAACCAGCUAUCAGGCAGCAUUCCAGCAGAAUUGUUUGUUGGAAUUGGAAACCACACCGAGGGUGAACAGCAACUUGUCACUCUUGUCCUCUCUGGCAACAAGCUGAAUCACACCAUACCCGCAGAGAUUGGCCAGGCUCCAAUGCUGAAGAAUGUUGUUCUGAACGAAAAUAAACUGGCAGGCCCCAUACCACCCGAACUCUUUUUGGCUCCGGCACUGGAGGUUUUCCAAGCUUCUUCCAACUUACUCACCGGCGAGAUUCCUUCUGAGAUUGGAAACGCCACAUCCCUCAAAGACCUUUUGUUGAAUUCCAAUGAGCUAGAUGGAGAUUUACCAGACGAGCUGUCGGGUCUUACCAGCUUGAUACGAUUCCACUUGCAUGGGAACGAUGUUACGGGUGGUGUGCCCGAAGGUUUUUGUGCGUUGGCUUGGCAAGAGAUGGUUGUGGACUGCACAGAGCUGCAAUGCACCUGUGGCUGCAUCUGUGCAUAA